AUGGCUCUCGCGCUCGUCCGUCUCGCUGGACGUCGCUGCUUCUCGGGUGCUCACAGCCAGGGCGUCCCGUUUGAAUCCCUAUGUCGGGAGAAGGAGGAGCUCCUGCCAGUGUCCUCCGUGACAAAGCGCGUGCUCAAGUACCUGCUGGUGGACCACAAGGACGUCCAGCAAGUGCUCUCGGCCGAGGCGAUCCGGCCGCUGCCUUAUAAGACGCUGUUUGCCCCGCAGCAAGUGCAUCAACUCUCGCCUUUGGUUCAAUGGACGUUCCAGCAACUCAAGAGUGACCCGGAGAUCGCUACUGCUGUGUUCACGGCGCUGGAGCCGCACGCCAACAUGGCCCGAGGUCCCGCGUGGCAGCAGUAUUACCGCCGCCAAUUUUUUCUAUCAGGAGCUCCUAUGCGGGCGUAUUUGCUGGCGUACAAGCAUCACAAAGAGCUUCUAGGAGCUGUGCAAAGACCCGGUAUGGCAGAAGGAGAGGAAGGAGAGAUCGAAGAGGAGGUUCGAGAGCACGAGGAGAAAGGAGGCGACGACGGCGCCCGAAAGAAGAAGGACCUGAGCGGGGACAAGACGUCCAUCUUGAGUGAUACCAAGGAGUGGGACUGGGUUCCGUUGCAUAUCGCCUCGACAGUCGUCAACGAAUUUUGCUUCCGUGGACGUUUCGCCGAGGCCAUCGAGGCCUACGCGUCGUUGCCGUUGAGUCACACAGUGCGCCAAAAAGUCGUGACGAUCCUGCAGGACUAUGAGCAGUACCCGUCCGUGUUGGAUAUUUUUGACCUCCAUCGUGCAUCUAAAGACGCUGGGAUGCCACUAGACGUUGCGUUGGAACUUGAUGCGCUCAAAAAGGUGGGACGUAUCGAUGAGAUGGACACGCGCUUCCAGGAACUGCCAGCCAAAGAGCAAAGUCGCGCGGACAUCCAGAACCUCAUGGAGAAUUGA